UAAAACUACAACCUAGGCCAAGUUGUUUUUAUAUUUAGCAGAACAAAAAAAACAAACUUCAAAUAACAAACAUCUCGUGACACUUCUCGGUCCCUGUAAGAAAAUGUUUCCAAUUCAAAAGCCUUUAUUCACAUUGAUAAAAACUUUUCAAAAAAAGAUCAGGAAAUAUGAGUCCAGAUGCAGUUUGAAAAAUUCUCGGAUUCGGGACUCGUUUUCCCGUCUUCACUCUUCAGAGGGGAACAAAACAAGAGAAGCACACCAAGCACAUGGACAUGGUCUGCUGCGGCUCUAGGACUCUAGACGUGUUACUAAACCUGAACGUCUCGUAGAUUUAUUGCAUGCUGGCUGAUUCCUUGCGCUAUCAUUUGCCUUGAAAAGCUGUAGACUAACUUAUUCUCACCCUCUAUUUGUUUAUUUCAUGUUUCAUUAAAGAUGAAAACCGUGGCUCUUGUCAGUGGUGGCAAAGACAGCUGCUUCAAUAUGAUGUGCUGUGUUGCUGAAGGUCAUCAACUUGUGGCGCUGGCUAACCUGAGACCUGAGCAAAAAGAUGAACUGGAUAGCUACAUGUUUCAAACAGUUGGCCAUCACGCCAUAGAUCUUUAUUCCGAAGCAAUGGGAUUACCACUGUACACACAGGUCAUCACAGGCUCCAGUCUGUCCACUGGUAGAGACUACACGCCACAGCAAGGAGAUGAAGUAGAGGACCUGUACGCUCUAUUGUCUCGAAUCAAAGAGGCUGAAGGUAUUGAAGCAGUUUCGGUUGGUGCUAUUUUGUCGGAUUAUCAACGAGUUAGAGUAGAGAAUGUCUGCCAGAGGCUGGGUCUUGUGGCGCUCUCCUAUCUGUGGAGGAGGAACCAGGAGCAGCUCCUCAAGGAAAUGAUAGACUGUGGCCUCCGAGCCAUCAUCAUCAAAGUAGCUGCACUUGGUCUUGUUCCCAGCAAACACCUGGGUAUGGAGCUGUCCGAAAUAUUCCCACACAUGUUGAAAAUGAAAUCGAUGUAUGGACUCAAUGAAUGUGGAGAGGGUGGGGAGUAUGAAACAUUUGUAUUUGACUGUCCCAUUUUCAAGAAAUCUAUUGUCAUAGAUGAGACAGAGAGAGUCAUUCACUCAGAUGAUGCGUUUGCUCCUGUGGGUUAUCUCAACCUGAGAAAUUGUCGUCUCAAGGAAAAAGACUGGGAUGACACUGUUUCACUUCUGGCAAAAGUGGAGCAGCUUCCACUCCUCACAAGCGAGAAGUGGAUAGAGCAAGCCGUUCAGGGCUGUGAUGUUGCUGAGCUGGCUCAGGGUGCUGAGGGUUUGCCAGACUCUGACUGUCCCACACAGAGUGUUCAGCCUGUCUCAGGUGACUCGUAUGUCUCUCGUCAGAGUGAUGGUGUCAACUUCCAGGUGUCUGGGGUGACUGCAUUUUCCUCUGAGACAAGUGACGUGAAAGAGUUGACUAAACAAGCUAUGGAUAAGUUAAUUGGGUGUGUGACCAGUUUAGGUCACAGUGCCGGAGAUAUCGCCUCAGUAUCGCUCUAUGUGAGAGACUUGUCCUGUUUUGCUGCCGUCAACUCAGUGUACAAAACCUACUUUGAUAUAAAUCCCCCAGUUCGGCUGUGUAUUCAAGCCUGCCUUCCACCUAACGUGCCUCUCCAGCUGGACUGCCAGGGCCGGGCAUCGCCCUCAGAAGACAGAAGGACCAUGCACGUCCAGGCCCUCUCCCACUGGGCCCCGGCCAACAUCGGACCCUACAGUCAGGCCGUUCUGACAGGGGACAAAUUGUUUCUGGCUGGUAUAGUUCCCCUGAUUCCUGCCUCGUUGUCUGUGAUUGAAGGCGACAUCACAGUGCAAUGCUCAGUGGCUCUGAAACACGUACAGGAAGUGAUGAAGGCCAUGCAGCCUGGUCUCGGCCUCUGUGACUGUCCACUGGUGGUGUGCUUUGUCACACACACUGACCACAUGGCAGUCGCUCGACAGACGUGGAAGAAAUGUGUUCAGAAUUCUUCAGAUGUGAUCACGCACCGAGAGCUUUCCCCACGUGUUCAGUACUGUGUGGUGCCCGCCUUGCCCAAAGCCUGUCUGGUGGAGUGGCAGGUGUUUGCCUGGACGUCCAGUACAGAGGAAGAGGACGGAGAAGAAGGAGAACUCUCAGCUAGCGCAAGUUCUACUCAGCCUUGUGAGAAGUGGACCGUUGAAACGAGCUGCGUGUGCAGUCAGACUGUUGGGGAAACAUUCUCCUGUCAGAUUUGCCUUGAAUUGAGGAAUGGUGCAGCAGUUUUGCAGAUGGACUCCUUAGAUGCUGAGUCAGCAGUGAAGGAUUUGGUACAAGAAUACCUGCGAUUACAAGGCCAGCGUAGUUCUGCACAGUCACCACCACUAGCCAAAGUGUUUUAUGUGUCCCGUCUCUUUGAUUACGAUCAGUUACACAAAUGUUUCCAGCGUACUUUGUCCUCACUAGUAGCUGAAAACUCCAGGCCUCCCGUGGUGUCUUUGGUUCCUGUGGUCAGCCUCGACUCUCCCCGUCAGCUGAUGGCAUGGUGUCAGUGAUUGUGCCUGCUGUUUUAUAGAAUUGUCGAAGAUUGAUGGUCACCAUCAAGGACUGCUGUCAGUGAUUAUGUUAUGAUGUUUGGUUUUGUUUGAAUAAAGAGAAGCACAUCGA